AUGGCUACUAUCGCUACCGAGGAAACUGAAAUCGUCCUGAAAGAUGGACACAAGCUCUUCGCGAAGGAGUGGAAGACACCCGAAGCUCCAGUCGCAUCGGUAGUUUUCCUACAUGGAUUUUCGGACCACUGCGGCGCAUAUUACGAUCUCUUUCCAGAUCUUGCAACUCAGGGCAUCAAUAUAUAUGCCUUUGACCAACGUGGAUGGGGAAAGUCAUCGCUGGAAAAGAAGCAUUGGGGACUUACCGGCGGAACCGCAGAUGUUCUCGCCGACCUUGAUGAAAUAAUCACUGCUAGAUUAGCAUGGAGCGAAUCACAACCUACUCGACCACCAGUCUUCUUAGUCGGCCACUCCGCUGGCGGGGCUUUGACUUUGACAUACGCCUACUCCGGCUCCUUGCGAUCUACACUUGCCGGUUUUGCGGCCUUCUCGCCAUUCAUUGCUCUAUCUCCAGCUGAGAAGCCCAAUUCUAUUGUUUUGAUGGUUGGGAGACUAGCAUCGCGGGUGAUGCCGAAUUUCCAGAUGCUGAAUAAGCUCGACCCCAACAAUGUUUCCCGAGACCCAGCUGUUUGCAAGACAUUUGCAGAAGAUAAACUAUGCCAUGAUACCGGUACUCUAGCAGGUUUGUCAGGAAUGUUGGAGCGGGGCGCACGUCUUUUGGAGGCUGAGUAUGUCAAGAAAUUUGACAAGAAGAAGCCAGUCAUCGUCUUGCACGGGAAUGCCGACAAAGUUACGGACUUCAAUGCGAGCAAACAAUUCUUUGCUUUGUUGGAGGCGGAGGAUAAGGAGUUUAAGGAAUAUGAUGGAUGGUAUCAUAAGUUGCACGCGGACUUGCCGGAGAACCGAAAGGAGUUUUCAGGUAAUAUUGCAGAUUGGCUGCUGAAGAGAACAGACACUAUCAAAAAAGCAGAGGUUCCCACUGCAAAUCUUUGA